AUGAACGAUGACCCAAUCGCAAUAAUCGGCUUCUCCCUGAGAUUCCCCCAGGAAGCCGACUCAGCAAAGGCAUUCUGGGAGAUGCUCUACAACGGGCGAUGCGCCAUGACCAAGGUCCCCGCAGACAGAUUCACCAUUGACGCGUUUUAUGCCCAGAAGGGAGAAGCUGGAGCUGCAACCGGAACGAUUCCCCUCCGGGGCGGACAUUUCCUCAAACAAGACCUGGGCGUGUUCGACGCUCCGUUCUUUAACAUUACGCCGGCCGAGGCCGAGGCCAUGGAUCCUCAACAUCGUCUGAUGCUCGAGGUGUCAUAUCAUGCCUUGGAAAAUGCCGGCAUCCCCAUCGCCCAGUGCGCCGGCACAAAGACAUCAGUCUACACAGCCUCCUUCACAGAUGACUACAAGAGCAUCUUACUCGACGCACCGGACAAUAUACCCAAGUAUGCGGCAACAGGGCUGUCAAUGUCCAUGCUCGCGAACCGCGUCAGCUGGUUCUACAACUUCACCGGGCCAAGUAUGAACAUCGACUCGGCGUGCUCGAGCAGUCUGAGUGCGCUGCAUAUUGCGUGCCAGGAUCUGCUCAGUGGGACUUCGAAGAUGGCUCUAGUCGGCGGCAGCAACCUCGUCUUCCACCCCGACUUUAUGCUCAUCAUGUCAAACAUGGACUUUCUCUCCCCAACCAGCAGAAGCCACAGCUUCGACCACCGGGCAAACGGAUAUGCGCGCGGCGACGGGGUCAGCGUCGUAGUCCUCAAGCGACUCUCCACAGCAAUCCAAGACGGCGACACGAUCCGCGCCGUCAUCCGCGCAACAGCCCUCAACCAAGACGGCCGGACCCCGGGAGGAAUCACGCAGCCUAGCGGGGAUGCGCAGCGGAGCUUGAUACAAGAGGCCUUUGCAGGCGCGCAGCUGGAUAUGGCGCCCGUAAGGUUCUUCGAGGCGCAUGGGACGGGCACCGCGAUUGGGGAUCCGACCGAGGCGCGGGCGAUUGGAAGCGUGUUUUGCGCGUAUCGGUCGCCUGAGAGCCCGCUGUUUGUUGGUGCGGUCAAGUCGAGCAUUGGGCAUCUUGAGGGGGGGAGUGGGCUUGCGGGGGUGAUCAAGACGGUGCUGAUAUUAGAACGGGGGGUUAUUUUGCCGAAUGCCGGGCUUGAGAGUGUGAAUCCAAGGAUUGAUACCGAGGGGCUUUGUAUCAAGUUUCCCACGCAGCCAACCAGAUGGCCUGAUAAUGGGUUGCGGCGGGCUUGUGUGAAUUCUUUCGGAUUCGGGGGCUCCAAUGCUGUAGUAAUCCUCGACGACGCCCUACAUUGCCUCCAGCACCGCAGCGUGCAAGGCCUCCACCGCACAGUCGACAUUGCGCCCCAAGCAUGUAUAGCAAACAGUACCCCACCAACGUCUUCUCCAACAAUCCCUAGACUCCUCGUCUGGUCAGCAGCUGACAAAACCGCUCUAAGCAAUCUAACCAGUGCAUAUGCGGACUUUUUCAAAGCAAAAACCUCUACCAUGGCAGACCCAUCGGCCUUCCUGGACAUGGUCUACACCCUGACCCACAAGCGCACUCUACACAGCUGGCGAUCAUACACAGUCGGGAUAGAUAGUGAGGAUCUGAGUUGGUCUAUUGACAAUGCGAGCCGUGUUCCGGCUGCUGCUGCUGCUGCUGCUGCUAAUCCAGGUUCGCUUGCGUUUGUUUUCACGGGCCAAGGAGCGCAGUAUCCCCGGAUGGGCCACGGCCUCCUGGCUUUACCCUUCUUUCAGAAUCGGAUUGGGCAGCUGAGCCGUCUUUUAACGGAUAUUGGCUGUGCAUGGUCUCUUCUAGAGCUCCUAGAAGACGGCAACGCACCCAUCGACGAGCCCGAAUAUAGCCAGGCAUACACAACCGCCCUCCAGAUCGCCAUGGUCGACUACUUCAAAGACCUAAACCUCCACCCGGCCGCCGUCAUCGGUCACUCGUCGGGUGAAAUCGCCGCAGCAUACUGCACCGCCGCGAUUACGGACCGCACCGCGCUGACAAUCGCCUUGCACCGCGGCCGUCUCGCCCAGCGCCUGCGGUCGAUGCAUCCGGCCGCGUCUCCGCAGGGCAUGCUGGCGGUGGCGACCAGCGAGCGAGGUAUCCAGUCCUACCUGGAUCGGCUGGAGGCCGACACAGUCCAGAUCGGGUGCGUCAACAGCCCGAGGAGCAUCACGCUCACCGGGCCAAAAGCCCAUCUAGACGUGAUAGAGGGCUGGCUGGCCGCCGACGGCGUUUUUGCUCGGAAGCUCCGCGUCGAUGUCGCGUACCAUUCGCGCUUCGUCGAGAGCAUAGCGGACGACUACCUACGGGCGAUGAGAGGGAUACUGAGAGAGCCUGCUGGGGGCAGCCUUGUACCGAUGGUCUCAACCGUCACGGGAGAUAUCGUUCCUGCAACGACGCUGUGUGAUCCAGCGUACUGGGUUAGAAACAUGGUGUCGCCAGUCCAGUUCUCCUCUGCCGUGCAGCUCCUCUCAAGGCUUGCCGGGAAACCGCCGCGCAAGCAGCUCGGCUCUGCGCCGCAGACACUCUCGGGUAUAAGGAUGCUCGUCGAGAUCGGACCUCACUCGACGCUGCAGGGUCCCCUGCAGGAUAAUCUCGCCGAUGUCGAUGCUGCCCCCCAGAAUCAUAAUCAUGAUCAUAAUCAUGAUCAUGACAAUAAUAAUAAUCGCAUCUCCUACACCCACGCCCUCCACCGCAAAACACCCGCCGGAUACAGCAUCCUCAACUGCAUCGGCCACCUCUGGAGCCGCGGGUAUCCGGCCGACCUGCUAAAAGCCAAUGGCCUCUCGAUCCGCCCGCCCAGGGCCGUCCGGACAGAUCUCCCCGCGUACCCAUUCAACCACACGCGGCGGCACUGGUUCGAGGACCGGCUGAGCAGCGCGUUUCGGUUCCGGCGGCAUGCGCCACAUGAGCUAUUGGGUGUGCUUGCGCCCGACUCGAAUGCGUUCGAGGCGAGGUGGCGGGGGAUUCUUUCUCUGGAGAGGGUGCCCUGGUUGGAGGAUCAUCGGAUUAGUGGUGUGAUUGUCUUUCCUGCAGCGGCGAUGCUUGCCAUGGUGAUCGAGGCCGCACGACAGUUCCAAGUGCCUUCCGGUGGGACCAAAACGAUAUCAGGCUUCGAAUUCCGCGCCGUCCACUUUCUGAAUGCGCUGCAGAUUCCGGCGGACAAGGGGAUAGAGACUGGUGUCGCUCUGUCCAGCACAAAGGCAGGCCGCAAGGGAAAAAUCACGGAAAAGACCUGGUAUGCUUUUCGGGUCUUCUCGUACGACCGGGAGGAGUGCAUGGAGCAUUCGCGUGGGACCAUUGGGAUAGGACUAGGUAAAGACAAGACGAACCAGCAACGCGAACAAACAAUCUCUCAAGCCCUCGAAUGCCCAACGUUCAAAAAGACAGACAUCAAGGCCCUCUACAACGCCAUCCGUACAAACGGAGUGAAUUACGGGCCCGUCUUCCAGGUCCUCGACAACCUGCGCCUGGAUCACCAAGGGGGAGCUGUUUCUGAGAUUCGACCGUGCCCGAAUGGAGACCAGAUCAAGAACAAGCUCAUCAAUCACAACGCUUACCCCUUGCACCCUUCGAUAAUGGACGGCCUGUUCCAGCUGGUGUUUGCGGCACUGAGUGACGGUCGAGGCGGAUACCCUGCGGCCAUGGUGCCUUCGUAUCUUGGCAAGAUGACGCUCGUCAUCGAUCCUGAUGCCGUCUGCGCUUCGUGUCCGGAGGCCGAAUGUAGGACCCUGCUCGCGUACAACAAGUCGGCUUUGUUGGGGUACAGAGGGACCGAGUCGAGCGUGCUCGGCUUUUGCCCGAGGAGCAAGCGUGUUGUUUGCGCUAUGGAGGGCUACCAGACUACAUUUGUUUCUUCUUCUUCUUCGACCUCUGCAAAUGGUGGUGCUUCUGAGCAGGCCCCGGAACUCCAGCUCCUCAGCAACCUGGUCUGGCGACCUGAUUUGUCUCUGUUGAUGCGUGGGCAGCUCGAACAAUUUCUGGAGGCUGUGAGAGCUGGUGAUGAGGCUACAGAUGACCUUGACUGGCAGCUGAACUUGCUAAUGCGAUAUUAUAUUCAAGUUGGACUACAGAAAGGGCAUAAAGGUACCGGCUCGUCUGGAGUGGUAUCAGAUAGGGCUGUGGGGAUGCUCGAGCCAUUACUUGUGACCCUAGAGGAAAUGGACAUGAAUAUCCCGGCAAGAACUUACCACGAACAGAAGUUAUUCCAGGAACCGCAGAGUGCCAGACUCGCACUUGAACAGAAGUUGAGCACUGCCAGUCGUACGGCGAGAUUCUACAUUACUUUGGGCCAGCGAGCUCUCCGUCGACUCGAGCUCGAAACCGAGCAGCAACCCCCAAUUGAGCCCGAACACAAAAGAGAGGCCUCAGUAGAAGACCAGGAUCUAGUGGAGACACUCUUACAAGAACAUCUCAACUCCCCACACCUCCUCAAACCCCUGGGCCUUGUCGUCGACUUGCUCGUGCACAAGAACCCACUCCUGCACAUCAUGCAUGUCGGAUGGAAAGCGGAUUCCGACCUAGGUAGGUAUGCUAGGAUGAUCUCGGGCUCGAGGAAUGGCUACUGCCCGUGGCGGCGGUAUGACUAUGUGGAGAUUUCGAAAGAAGGCCUUGUUCAGGUUGAUCCGGGCUUUGCUGGGGGUUUUGAGCGUCUUAACGAGGACCCGCUUGGUCUGGCGCGGGAGCGGUAUGAUCUUGUUAUUGUUUCCCAGCUUCUACAUACAACGCCAAAUCCAGAAGAGGUCCUUGAACGGGUUCGGGCAUUUCUUAAACCCACGACCAGAGGCGGCUACCUUGUCCUGCAUGGCAUUAUGCUAUUGACCUCUCCAAGGACGACAUUUGCUGCCAGCAUUGCUCCCGAAUGGUGGUUAGGGCUUAAAGCUAGAGACAAACUGUACUGCACCGAAGCCGAGCUCGACGGAAUGCUCGUUCAAAGUGGCUUUUCUGGCAUCCACGCUCUGAUUCCUGAUACCGUUGAUCCAAGAUUCCGUGAGACAAACAUAGUCAUGGCAAGGGCGGAAACAAGGGUAGAGAAAGCCGAGAACAGCCUGCUGUCAAAGGGUCAGAAUCAAAGUAUCGUGAUCAUCACCGAUGGCAAGACAACCGCCCAGCAAACCGUCGCCCGUCGCCUGGAAUCAGCAAUAAAACGUGAAUAUGGCAUGAAUGCGCACGUCCGGAUAUCUGUCUUCGCAGAAGCCAUAACAACAGGCAUACUACAAGGGCAAUUCUGCCUCUCGCUCCUCGACUACAGGCGGCCGUUCUUCACUACGCUGACUCCAACCGAGUUCGAGCUGUUCAAACAGGCACUUUCCAUGGCAGAUGGAUUCCUCUGGGUUGCCGGGGGUGUGGAAGAUUCUCGACGGCCCGAGUUCCAUCUGGUUGAUGGGCUUGCAAGGGCUCUGCGGUCGGAGAAUAGUUUGCUGAAGUUUGUCCGGCUGACUGUUGCAGACGCGGAUUGCGAGGGACAUGUCCUUACUGUUCUGAAGGAGGCGAUGACUGCCACCUCGCUGGAUAAUAUGGAGUUCGAGUACGAGGAGAGGGAUGGUGUCUUGCAGAUCAGCAGGGUCGUGCAAUCCCGGCACAUGAACCGAAUAAUCGGAGAUAGACUCGCAAAUCGCCAGCACAGGGUCUCCGUAACCCUAGAUGACAAUGCCACCCCGCUACAGAUCCGCAUGCCCAAACCAGGGGAAGGACCACUCCUUUCAACCCCCGACGGCAUUCUCCUAGAGGAAGUAACAAGCAGCACGCACCCCCUCAAGACAGACGAAAUCCUCAUCCGAGUCCACGCGCUCGGCAUCAGCCACCACGACUACCUCAUUGCAUCAGGGCACCUCAACAGCACGGAUCUUGUAUCCGUCUGUGCGGGUGUCAUCCACGAGGCCGGUGCAUCCAGCGAUUUUGCCGCUGGCGAGCGCGUUCUGGUCAGCUACACUGCAGCUGGCUGCACCUGGCUGAAAUGCCUUGCAUCGUCUGCUGUCUUGCUGCCACCGCAUGUAUCGUUUGCGACUGCGGCGGCGGUGCUUGCGGAGGGGUGGCCGGCUGUGUAUGCGUUGUAUCAUGUGGCGAGGCUCGAGGAGGGAGAUACGGUUCUGGUUCCGUCUGCGGAUGGCGAUGGCGAUGGGGGCGGUGCUGCGCACGCGGCGGUUCUGGCUGCGGAGUAUGCUGGUGCGAAUGUGGUUGUCGCCAGCGGGGAAGGAGAUGGAGAUCAUUCUGGAGUUGACGUCGUACUAAAUUAUGACAGCAGCAGCGUGGAGGCCUCGCUCGACGCCCUUGUGCCUGGUGGUAUCUUUGUCAAUAUGUCCGCUGGGAUCGUGAUACCGCAACAUUGCGUGCAGAUGGCAGCAUCAAAGUCUAUUACUCUAGCCACGAUAGACGUCGCCCAGAUUCCUCGCCAGCGACCAGCCCGCAUUCAGAAGCUGUUGAGCCUGGUUGUAUCCAUAUAUCUUCAAGCGCAGACUCCUAAUGGUUUCGUCACCACCGACAACACACAGACAGACCGAGUGCGUGUGUACAAGGCUUCCGAGCUGUCGACAGCCCUCGAGUCCCUGAAAGGGGGACCCGACUCUGGAACUGUGGCCGUAGCCGUGGAUGUUUCUCCCGGACAAACAGUCUCUGCCCUGGUAGCACCCCGCCCCUCCCCUAACUUUGACCCAAACGCGACCUAUGUCAUUGCUGGUGGGUUUGGCGGGCUCGGACGCAGCAUCUGCCGGUGGAUGUCAGCCAGGGAGCUUGUCGCAGAGCUCACUGGCCUCGGUGCCCGAGUUCAUGCCCCGGUAUGCGAUAUCAGUCAGGCCGAGGCCGUCCAAAGGGUCCUUACAGAGUGCGAUGCCGUUGGAACGCCUCGUAUUCGAGGUUGUAUACAGUGCACGAUGGUGUUGAGGGACGCCAUCUUCACUAACAUGACCCACACCUCCUUCACAACAAGCACAGCCCCCAAAGUCCUCGGCUCCUGGAACCUGCACGCCCUCCUCCCAGGGGGAAUGGACUUUUUCAUCCUGCUCUCCUCCGUCGGCGGGAUCCUCGGCGCCCCCAGCCAGGCCAACUACUGCGCGGGAAACACGUACAUGGACACGCUGGCGCAACACCGGAUGUCCCUAGGCGAGAGGGCCGUCUCCAUCGACCUCGGCAUGAUGGUUUCGGCGGGGGUCGUUGCGGAGACGGAGGGGAUGCUGGAUUCGCUGCAGCGGAUGGGGUGGUUUAUGGAGGUUGGAGAGAGGGAGCUUUUUGCGCUUUUGGAGUAUUAUUGCCAUGCUGAUUUCUCCUCUUCAGAGGCAGAGGCAGAUGCAGCCGCAGUAGAUGGGGACGCUCACUCGCAUUCGCAGAUCGUCGUGGGAAUCGAGACUCCCGCUGGCAUGCACCGCAAAGGCCUCGAGCCACCGCACUGGAUGCAGAGGCCGUUCUUCAGCCACUUUCACCUUCUCACCAGUAAUAGCAACAUUAACAGCGCUUCCCCCGGUACCCAUCAACCCACGCAAACCACUCCCAAUCCCAACAUCUCAGACAUAGCAACCCUCCUCCACCAAACCCCCUCCCUCUCAAUCGACAAAGCCGCGCAGCACAUAUCCAGCGCGCUGAUCGCCAAACUGUCGCAGAUAACGGGGAUCUCGCGCGAGGCAAUCGACCCCGCAAAACCGGUGCAUGCCGCGGACGGGAUCAACUCGCUGGUUGCGGUGGAGCUGCGCAAUUGGUUUGAAAAGAAGGUUGGGGCUGAGGUUGCGGUUUUGGAGAUUUUGGGUGGGGGCAGUAUACUUGAGUUGUGUGGGGUUGCGGCGGGGAGGACGCGGUUUAAGGGGGGAUGAGUUUGGCAUUAUCUAUAGCAGGGCGAGUUGGUCAUGGUUACAAUGGGCUUACACUUCUUCAACCACUAGUAGUGAUAAGCAGGUUGAAAGUAGACGAAUCUGCCCGGGCUUUUGUCCCUGAUCAUCCCAAAAGAACAACAAACAGAACUAGCACUCAGGCAGCUUCAGAUUGUUGCCAGCAUGUCUCCUUUCCACAGAUUUCCAGUCGCUCAAAUACCGAACUAGGCUCUCGAACGUCAGAUCAAACAUGAAUGCGGUGGAUUUCAGCCGAGAUCGAGCUGACUGGCGUAGCU